AUGGCGAGGAAUGAAGACAUACGCCCGGCGAUGCCGUUCUGCACACAACGUCGUGCGUGCGAUUCGAUGUUGUCUGAAAGCAAAAAUACGGCCACUGAUGAUAGGCACACCUUCGGCCGCGCAGCUAAAGGAGGAAGCGUUCGAUCCCCUCAGGUAGCAAACAACGGGACAACCAACCGUCCCAAUCGUCGGUCUGACGCCUCUAUACGAGGUAGAUCGUUGGCCAGAGAGUGCAGAUCCUGCGGCACAACUGUCCCCGCUUCUGGCUUUCCUUUAGAUGGCGAUGUAUGCUUGUCGUGUCGUACGAGGUCAAAUCAAGAGUCACAAUCAGAUUCCGUUGCGAAGACAAUAUCAGCCCCGGUCGAUAGUCCUCCACAGAGCACUACGCCGACAUUCGACCCACAAGCUGGUCAGGCUGACCAAACUGACAGUGUGUGUGAGUUGUGCAGUACGCCUUCAAACAAUCUGUUUAUUGGCACACGUGGCACACGUACAUGCAUGGCUUGUAUAUCAGUGCGACGGUCGGGGCUGUCGUCAACUUCACGACGACCGCGCCGAACACGCCGACAACGCGCACUCACUCCCCCUCCGCAAAGAGCCCAAGCUGUGCGAAGCUUGCUACGGAGUGACUCGCAAGCUGACAGAGAGUGUGUGGUGUGUCAUGUGACGCGCCCGACGAAUGAAUUCCGGUGUGAUGAGAUUAUAUGCUUCUCGUGUGUCUCCUACGAGGCGGGUAUAACAAGGGAUACAGAUCCGCCGAUGAGACUGUGUGAGUUGUGCAGUGAACUGCUCCCGGUAUUCAGGUUCCGUGACAACGGCCAUACCUGUAGAGGCUGUCUACAAUCUACAGGGGAUGUUGAUUCUAUAGUGCCUCUUCACGAACGAUUUCGACGUUUAGGAAUGCUUGAAGGUCAAGCCGAUCCUUUUUCCAGACAUCAAGGCACGGCAGAACUAUGGCAAGGUACGUGGAUGUUUUUCAUGCAGUGA